UCCGCCGGUGGUGUGGCUGCCGCGGGGCUGGCGCUGGGAGGCUGCUCGCAUGUGGUCAGUGCCGUGCAAGCUAAGCCAGCCCCCGGCUCACGUUACACACUCCUGUAUUUAUAACCUCGGCGAUCCGCUUCUCCCUCGGAGCGCUAGCGUGGGACCACCUCCUUGCUGCCGGCGGCGAACACCGCGCCCGCUCGAGUGAACAUCCGAGGCUUUGGCCACGGCCGGGAUCGUUGGAGCCCUGGAUUAUUACUACCGCUGAGCGCGCUGCUGCUGCCGCCGGUGCUGGCUUUGGGGUUGGCUGGGAGGAGAUCGGAGGAGCGUCGUGCUUCCUCUCCCUGACCCGCCGCCGGGGCGUUCUUGGGCUGCGGUGCCGCCGCGCGGAGCCUCGGUGCAUGCCAUGGAUCACACGCUGUUCGGCUGCCUGCGCAGCCCCCACCAUGCCCCCGGCCAGGGCUUGCACCCCUUUUCCCAGUCUGCCCUGGCCUUGCACGGCCGCUCGGACCACAUGUCCUACCCGGAGCUCUCCGCUUCGUCCUCCUCUUGCAUCAUAGCGGGAUACCCCAACGAGGAGAGCAUGUUCGGCAGCCAGCACCACCGGGGGCACCACCACCACCAUCACCACCACCAUCAUCAUCAUCAUCAUCCGCAGCAGCACCAGGCGCUGCAGACGAACUGGCACAUUCCGCAGAUGGCUUCCCCGCCGCCGCCGCCACCGCCGCCUCCCCCGCCUCCCUCCGCCUCGGCUAGGCACAGCCUGUGCCUCCAGCCCGACUCGGGAGGGCCCCCGGAGCUGGGCACCAGCCCCCCGGGACUGUGCUCGAACUCAUCCAGCUUGGGGACCAGCACCCCGACGGGGGCGGCGUGCGCCCCGGGUGAUUAUGGCCGACAGGCGCUGUCCCCCGGGGAAACGGAGAAGCGGGCGGGCAAGCGGAAAAGCGACAGCUCAGAUUCUCAAGAGGGAAAUUAUAAAUCUGAAGUCAAUAGUAAACCAAGGAAAGAAAGAACGGCUUUCACCAAAGAGCAGAUCAGAGAGCUAGAAGCAGAAUUUGCCCACCACAACUACCUCACCAGGCUGCGGAGAUAUGAGAUAGCAGUAAACUUGGAUCUUACUGAAAGACAGGUUAAAGUUUGGUUCCAGAACCGGCGGAUGAAAUGGAAGCGGGUAAAAGGAGGGCAGCAAGGAGCUGCCGCCCGAGAAAAGGAACUGGUGAACGUGAAAAAGGGCACGUUGCUCCCCUCAGAGCUUUCUGGAAUUGGCGCCGCUAGCCUCCAACACACAGGGGACUCACUAGCAAACGACGACAGCCAUGACAGUGACCACAGCUCAGAUCAUGCACACUUAUGAUAAAACAAGAAGGAAUCAGAGCUCUCUUCUCAGGAAAGACAUACUGAUGCAUCAAGCCUUAUGUGCACAUCCUUAAUGGAUGCUAACGACCUUCUGGCAAUUAAAUAUAGCUUUGGACUUCCAGUUUCUGCUACCCUGGAAUUGUUUUUUUAAAAAAAAACCAAAAUUCUGUAAGUGCCAAACCAGAAACGUGCCUUGUAAGUUGAAGCAAAAGAUUUAACUUGCUUUUGAACAUUCCAGUUGGGUCUGCCAUAUCAAUGGCAACAGGCAGGUAUAUAUUUUUUUUGCUUUUGCUUGCACUGAAAAAUGCCAUUUCUCUCAACAAAUAUAAUAUCCUGAAAGGGAAAAGCACAGUGCCAACAGAAACAUUGUCUAGUGGGUAAGAAAUGUAUUUUAACUCUGUAUAUAUCUGCUUUAAAGCAUUUUUACUUUUCACUUCAUUCUUAGCAAUGCAUUCAUAUUAGCUGAUGGCAAUAGUCACUCAUGAGAAUAAAUGGCUUUUUCUCUUUCUCUCUCUCUGUCUCUGUUUUUGUUUUGUGUCCCAGAGAUGUAUAAUACAGGCAGGCAUUUGUGUUCAAAAGAGAAUGAUUUUUUAAAAAAUCUGCUAGGGAAACUCCUUGUACCACAGACAAAACAAAACUUAUGUUGCAUCUACGAUCAACUGCUGCUAAUAGGAAACUAUUAAACCUUGUUCCUCAAUUUUUUUCUUACCUUAUAACAUCAACUUUAAAAAAAACAACCACAGGAUAAUCCCUGUUUGAAAAUUAAAAGCCAAUCAUCUAUUCAUAUUUAAACUUUAUUACAGUGGUGCCUUGCUAGACAGUUACCCCAUAUGACAGUUUUUUCGCUAGACAUUG